CUCAGUUCUCUCUCCAUUAUUUUAUGUUCAGGUGACAAACUUCCAGUGUGGUGGAUACUCGAUUGGGAUUAGUUGCAGCAUUCUUCUAGUAGACCUUUUGGUGAAAGAGAAAUUCCUCAAUAGUUGGGCAAACAUACACAAUAAUAUACUUUCUAGUAAUAAUGAACUCAAAAGACCCUUAUUUUACCUCCCUAAUCUUGAAAGGAAUGGUUCUUCUCCUCCCAGCAUAACUAGCUCAACUCUAAGAAAAGAUUGUGUCAAAACCAUGCAUUUCAAGGCCAUUGCCAAAAAUGCAAAUUUGGAUGGUGAAAUGUGCAAGUCACUUGCAUUGCAUUGUGUUGAGGAGACAGAGAGCAAAUUUGGUAGCAAAAUGGAUUCAGAGUUUUAUUUGUUUGUGAAAGAAAACUCUAAGGAUAUUAUUGAGAUAGAAAAGUAUUCCAAACAUAAACAUGUUAAGCCACAAUUGAGUAUUAAGACUCAAGUCACUUGUGCAGGUUGGGAUGAAUAUUUAGGGGCCAAAGAGGUAGCAUUUCGUGAAGGGAAUAAGCCUAUAAAUGUUUCAUAUUGGAUUGGGUCAGUUCUUGAUGGUCUUGUCAUGGCAAUGCCACCUCCUAAUCAGGCUACUCAUGGAGUGAACGUUUUAGUGGCAAUUCCUAACGAGAACGAACUUUAAUUAGGAUGGGUCAGAUGGUCAGAAUUUCUUAUAUCUUAAUUUGUUUAUUUAGUUGGGUAAGAAAAUGACUUGAUCUAUUUCAUAAUAUGUCAUCCUCAUCCAAGUAUGCUAUCCAUUAAAAAUUGUUUGCUAUGCGGUUUAGUUUUAACAUUGAUUUGUAAGUCUUAUGUAAUAUGUAUUUGAUUAAUAAAAGCGCGUUGUGUAUUUGAAUGAUCAAAAUACUUUUGAGUUGUUUGUAAUUUGUUUGGCCUAAAUUGGCUUGGUGGUAUAAAAUGUGGGUGCGA